AUGGAUGUCCCACUAUUGCUGUCUCCGACGGCGCCUCGACUUCACCCCUACCGAACACACAUCCGCAAUGCCUCCCGAUCACCGACUCGAGAACGGAUCACCGAUGAUAUUCUUGCCGAUCUCUCUCCUGCAACCACCCUCGAAGCCUUCGCGAACCCAUCGGGCAGACUAAAAGCUGGUAUUGAAGCUGCCACACCUUCAGAGCGCGCGUUUGCCAUUAGAGCUACGCUGGCAUCGAAGAAAAUCCAAGAAUGGGUUGAUGAAUUGUCGAGUUGGUCGUGGCCAGCAGAAGGCGGCUCGAGAGGGUUUCGAGUGCCCGUACCGAGAAGGACGACAUGGUUCGAUAGAGGGGAUGAUGUGAGAGGCAUGUUGAGCGGUUAUGAGCAGAACGACAACAGACAAUCCGACAAGGAAGAAUAUAUUGGCAGCCUGCUUGCAGAAGAUGUUGACCGAUAUGAGGUUCGGAUAGAGGAAAUAAUGGAGGAUAUGGAUGAUCUUAACGUUGAAGAAAUUAAGCGGCAGGUUUUGGAUACACAUUUCUCGGCCAGGUCUCGACCCUCAUCAUCGUCAUCGAAUGCGCCGGUGCCCAGUCUAUUGGCAUCAUACACAAAAAUGGAUGAUCUUACUGCAAUUAUCACGGCUACCGUCCUCCAGGCUUUACCAAACUUGUCAAGAUUGAAUCGGAUGAUGGAUAUUUGGAGCAUACGGCUUGCAGUCUUAAUGAAGGUCCCUCGACUCUUGCUGGCGCUUGAAGAUGCGGAGGCUGCGCUGAUAUCCGGAUGGAAAACACUUAAACCACCCAGCCAUCAGGAUACCCAUGACGCUAAUGGUGGAGCCGUAAAGGCGCUCUCACGACAAGCGUUCGAAGCUAUGAGAAAUUCUCUGCAAGACAAAGUCAAAACACUAGGACAAGAUCUAGAUUACAUGUUAGAUACGCUUGAAGGUCGACAGGAUACACUGCCCGAAGACUGGUUAGACCGCAUGGAAGUUAUUGAGCAGGAUUACGGAGAGUGGGUUGUCGCUGGGGACCGAAAGAUCCGAGAAGCGGAAUGGGCGAAAGAACAGAGUGUCGAAGACGCGCGCAGGUUGAGGGAGGCAGAAAUAGGUGAACGUGAAAGACGGAUAGCCGAACAGGCCGCCGAAGAUGCUCGACUACUAGAGAAAGAACGGGUGGCUCAGGAGGAUGCUCGACAUAGAGUAGAGCAAGAUGCAGAGAUGAGGAGGUUGGACGAGCAAAGAGCUACUGAACUGGCCCAACAAAACGCCGAGCAGGCUGUGAGAAUGCUAGAGGAAGGACGCGCAGCUCAGGAGGCCCGGCAUAAGUCAGAUCAAGAUGCUGAGGAAAUGCGGAGAUUGGGGGAGCAGAGGGCUGCUCAACUGGCCCAACAAAAGACGGAGCACGAUGAGCAGGCUGCGAGAAUCCUGGUGGGUGCAAAUAAUAAGCAUUCGGGGGGUGCAAAAGCGGCCUGUGUUGAAGUAUUGGGUGCCGAAAAGGAGACUGAAGAGGGGAGGACAGCGGAGGAACAUGCGGGCGAGGCUAUUGCGGCUACACACCAACUGGACCAAAUAUAUACUGAAGCUACGCCAAUUGAAAACAAGGCGGACGAAACUCCUGUGCCGCAGCAGAACGAAACCACAGCAGGGGAAGGGGUAAGUCAGACCGGAUGUUCUGAAGAACCAGAAGCCCUGGAAGGACUGCCAGGAGUCUUUUCGGAGGCCUUACGUGGUGUAGCAGAAGAGCCUGCCUCAAGCAACCUCAUGGAGUCCAUAAAUACCGAUGCGACUGACGACCAUCCGACACACCCCGCUGAACCCGACCAAGACUCUCAGCAAGUCCGCCAUGCUGCCACGCCUGAUAACAAGCGCUCCGCAAAUAGACCAUCUAGGCCGUCCUUUGAAGCUACUGUGGAGGAGCCAGGCAGUUCGGAGCCGGCGUCAACGUUUAACGCUAAUGGGAAUACCAACGGCACCUCCACGGCCAUUGAUACCAGCUCCAUGGGCUCUUUUGGAGCAUUCAUCCCGGCUACCGACUGUGAUAUAAGUAUCGCGACUCGUCGGGAUAGUGUCUCAUCUGAUACGGCGACAAUCGUGACGAGCUGGGCUGGCGGCACCUCCACUUCUCCAGCUAUUACCCCAACGCCAGUCAGUACUGACAUCGAAUAUGUUCCUAAUAUCGCUGAUCAGUCCCCAACCGCUGGUCGGAUCGGAUCGCGGAGACGGGCUUCCGGUGACUCGAACCGCCCAGAGCCGCUGCAAUUGAUCCUGAGCACCUCUAGACGACAAUCUAUGGAAUCACCUGCGAGUCCCACCUUCUCUGUUUCGGACCUAUCUGAUACCUCCACACUCUAUGUGGACGCUCCUGUUCUUGAUAAUAUUGAUGUCUCAGAGGCUCCCUCCCUUUCAAGUCCUAAAAAGAGCUCCAGCGAUCAACUUCAACAGCAGAUCUCCUCGCUCCUUGAAUCGAUCCCAGCUCGGAUUCACCUUACUUCAGAACCAGACCUCAACCCUGGUAAUACUCUUAAACUGAAGAAAACGCGUCGAUCCGUGACCCCAUCUCCUCGGUCGCACUCAAGUCUUAGCAACCGGGCACCAACACCUUCGUUCUUACUAUCACCCGCGUACAACAAAACCACCUCCCGACCACGGCCUCAAACCGCACACCCAGAAAUAAAACUGUACCACCUUUCUCGUUCUACGGGUGAGGCGCCUAUCAAACUUUUUGUCCGCCUUGUUGGGGAGAGUGGCGAGCGGGUGAUGGUCCGGGUCGGCGGAGGGUGGGCAGAUCUCGGUGAAUAUCUUAAGGAAUACGCAAGCCAUCACGGACGACGAAGUGGAGUGGAGAAGGACAAGAUUGAGAUUCAAGAUAUACCUCGGCGCGUUGUCUCCAGCGCUUCCACGACGUCGUCGACUGCCACCAUCCGUGGCAAUGAGAGCGGACGAGCAAGCCCUAUUAAUCAAUUCCGCCCGGCCUCGGCAUUUGACCGCCCCAUGUCUAGUUUGAAUGUCAGGAAGACUCGGAAAUCCCUAGGCCAAAGUGCUGUAUCCGAGAGCGUCCGCAGUCCUAGCACCCCUCUCCCCACUCACAAUAGGCGCUCUGUCGGCGAGACCCCGCCUUCAAACACAAGUGCUCGUAGUAGUUCCCAUCUCACUUGGACUGAGGACGACAUUUCGCUAGGACUCGCCGGACCAAAGGGCAAGAAAGUCAUUAUUAGCGAGCAAGAUCAAGAAUGGGUGGAAAGUAUGAAGGAUAAGGUUCGUCAGGCGAGCGCAGAGAAAGAUCGCGAGAGAGAGAGGGAACGCAGGGCCCGGGAACGAGGAACCAGUUUUGGUGAAAUGGAGAAGGUUGGUGGAACCAAGCGAUUGUUUAAGAAGAGUUGA